CCGCGAAACAUCUUCAGUUGUGUGUUGUGUGCGUGUGCGUAAAUACGCAACCAGUGAUAUCAACGUGAGUUGCUAGAGUGUAGAGUAGAGGAGGAGCAGAGUUGGGAUUUCUGGGCAUUAUUAAAACUAGAAGAAUGGGACCAACAAGAGAACACUCACAGCUAUUCUGGGCAUGUAUGUCCAUCAGCUUGCUGGUAACAAGCAGUACACCUAUAUCAGUAACAAGGCCACGUGCGUCAAGAAGACAAUAUGGCGGCCCUGCGCCCACCAGCUAUGACACACCAAUCCUUCCUUCAUCAAACUCUUUUACAAGUAUUCAAGCAGGAGAUUCCUAUGGUUCACCCGGAGCUGUUCUAGGAACACCCUCCUCCGUACUGGCACUACCAACCUAUGGGGCGAGUAAUGACUGUACAGUAGAGCGCAGUACGAUAGAUACAGGGGAUUGUGCACAAGGAGGGCAGGAAUGUACAAAUCAGUGUGCAACUGUACAAGAGCAGGACUGUUCUGGGUCUUCAGCAACACCCUCGUGUACAACUGUUAAUGAAGAAAAAUGUGAAACAAGAUACGAAACCGUUUUUGAACAAGUUUGUUCACCGUCUGCUGCUCCUCAAUGCACAACAGUCAACGAACAGCAGUGCACGACCGUUAACGAACAAGAAUGUAAAACGGUGAAUGAACAGCAGUGUUCAACAACCUAUGCAACAGCAACCGAAAACGAGUGUAGAACAGUAAACGAGGAAAAGUGUGAGACCGAAUAUAUGACUAAAUACGAAGAGCAGUGUUCAACAGUCACCGAACAGCAGUGCAGUACUGUGAAUGAACAGCAAUGUUCAACAGUUAAUGAACAGCAGUGCAACACUGUGUAUGACACAGUGAGUGAAACUGAAUGCGGAAGUACAAGUGAAAAAAAGUGCGAAACUAAAUAUGAACAGAAAUGCGAACAGGUUUUUGAACAGCAAUGCCAGCAGGUUUCUGAACAGCAGUGCCAAACUGUUAACGAACAGGCCUGUAAAACUGUGUACAGCCAGGAAUGCAGUACAGUACAAGAACAGCAGUGUUCUACAGUUACCGACCAAGCAUGCCAGACGGUGUCUGAAGAGGUGUGUGAGGAUGUAAAUGAGGAGGUUUGUGAUACUGUAAACGAACAAGUUUGUGAAACCAUAGAGGAGAAGAGUUGUCAACCGACCUACAAACAGGAGUGCAGUACAGUACAGGAUUUACAGUGUGAGAGUGUACCUGAGGAGAAGUGUACUACUGUACAAGAGGAGGAAUGUGAGGAUGUUGAAGAAGAAGAUUGCUCGGAGGGUGAGACUGUUUGUGAUACUGUUGAUACAGAGGAGUGCUUUACAAAGUACGAAGAAGAAUGUGAAACCGUGUACAAGGAACGUUGUUCAACUGAAUAUGAACUAGUGUGUACAACAGAGUAUACUGAGAACUGCCAGCCUGCCUAUGGUCCAGGGUUUACUGAAGGGGAAGGGGAGGGGGAGGUGGAACAAGAUUGCCAAACCAUACCUGUAAAUAACUGCAGAAAUGUACCAAAACCAAAUUGUCGACAAAUCGCUGAUGAGCAGUGUCGACAAGUACCCAAGAAGGAAUGUGGUCGUGUGCCUGUUCAAAACUGUCGUCAGACGGAAGCAGGCUGCAGUACAGUAACAAAACCUGUUUGUAAACAAGUAGAUAGAGAGGUUUGUGAGACAAUCCAGAGAAAUGAUUGUAGACCAGUCUCCAGGCAGGAGUGUAACCAGGUUCCUGAUGAAAGCUGUAUUAGCACCCCCCGGCAGCAGUGCAGUACAGUUCCACGUCAACAGUGCAGUACAUUACCCAGACAGCAGUGUCGUACUGUACCUAACCAGCAGUGUUCUCCAGUAUCUAGACAAGAAUGUACAUCUGUUCCAAGGGAACAGUGCCAACAGGUUCCUCAACAGCAGUGCAGUACAGUUCCUCAACAACAGUGCAGUAAUGUUCCAAGAGAAGAAUGUUCCUCCGUUCCACGACAAGUUUGUGAACAGGUUCCUACGGAACAGUGCUCUAGUGUCCCAAGACAAGAAUGCAGACCCGUGGAACGCCAGGUUCCCAGACAGGAAUGUUCAACAGUUCCAAAGGAACAGUGCAGCAGUGUUCCCCGCCAGCAGUGUUCCAGUGUUCCAAGACAAAGUUGUAUAUCAGUUCCAAGAAGUGAAGGGAGUGGGCAGGAUUGUAAGCAAGUCCCAAGACAGCAAGAGACUCAGCAAUGCAGGAAUAUACCAAGACAACAGUGUUCUCAAUCAGCAAGUCCUCAGUGUAAGAGUGUACCAAGAGAGAAGUGCCAGCCUGAAUGUCGCCCAGUUUAUUGGUGCAAGAAGUGUGGAGGAUCCUCGGGUUCUAGUAGUUCUUCUCCAGGUUCUUCAGGUGGUUACUCUGGAGGCUCUUCAAGCUCACUUGCAGGAGCAUCCAGUCCAGGAGUGUCUUAUUCCAGUCCAACUUCAGUGGUAUCAACAAACUAUGGCUCACCUUCACAAGGCUCUAGUUCAUCUGUAUCAAACAGCUAUUCCUCUCCAGGUGGAUCAAGUAGUAGCGGAGAUUUAUAUGGUUCACCAGCAUCAGCUCCUGUAAGUAACUCAGGAUUUAGCUCUUCACUAACAUCAGCUACAAGUGGAAGCUCAGACUCUUAUGGCUCACCAGCAUCAGCUCCUAUUAGCAGCUCUGGAUUUAUUACUGCAGCAUCUACAGCUACAAGUGGAAGCUCAGACUCUUAUGGCUCACCAGCAUCAGCUCCUGUAAGCAGCUCUGGAUUUAACUCUCCAUCAUCUACAGCUACAAGUGGAAGCUCAGACUCUUAUGGCUCACCAGCAUCAGCUCCUAUUAGCAGCUCUGGAUAUAACUCUGCAGCAUCAACAGCUACAAGUGGAAGCUCAGACUCUUUUGGCUUACCAGCAUCAGCUCCAUUAAGCAGCUCUGGAUUUAGCUCUGCAGCAUCAGCAGUUACAAGUGGAAGUUCAGAUUCUUAUGGUUCACCUGCUUCUGCCCCUGUAAGUAGUUCAGGAUUGAGUUCCCAAUCAUCCUUCUCCUCAAGUUCAAACAGUGGAUCAGACUCAUAUGGUACUCCUGCUUCUAAUCCACUAGGUAGCAGCUCAUUUGGUGGUAGUUCUAGCUUGGCUGUGUCUUUAAACAUUGGAUCUGACUCCUAUGGUAUCCCAGUUUCUGCCCCUGUAAGCUCUGGAUAUAGCUCACCAGUUGGAUCAAAUUCAGAAAACAGCUUCACAGUUGGUUCUCCAGUUUCUAGUGGAAGAUCCAAUACAUUGGGCUCCUCUGUAUCUACCUCUGGUAAUAGUGGUUCAUCAGGGAGCUCUUCAGAUUCUUAUGGAACCCCUGUGUCUAAUCCUUUGUCUAGUAGCUCAGCUAGCAGCUCAGCUUCAAAUGAUGCAUCUAAUUCUUUUAGUAAGGCUGGAUCUGAAUCUGUAAGCAGUAGUGUACAAGGUAGUUCAUCUGAAUCCUAUGGUUCUCCUGUAUCUGCUCCGGUAAGCAGUAACUUAUUUGAGAGUUCAUUACCAAGUGGAGCACCUAGCAGCUCAUCUGACUCAUAUGGCACCCCAGUAUCAUCUCCUGUCGAUAGUUCUACAUUUGACAGCUCAUUGCCAAAUGACAUUUCAAGCAGCUCUUCUGACUCAUAUGGCACCCCUUCAGGUGCACCUAGUGGAAGUGAUACUUUUGGAGUAUCAUCAGGAUCAGUUGCAUCUAGCAGUAACACUGAUUCUUAUGGUUCCCCAGCUUCCCCUGCUGUCAGCUCAUUCGAAAGUGCUUCAGGAAUUAUUGAGUCUAACAGCGCAUCAGAUUCUUAUGGUAUUCCAGCACUUGCACCAGUAAUCAGUAACAGUUUUGGAGUAGACGCGGUGGCUUCCGGUAGUGACUCAGACUUCUAUGGUACUCCAGCUUCUCCUGCUGUCAACUCAUUUGAAAGUGCUUUAGGAGUUAUUGAGUCUGAUAGUGCAUCAGAUUCCUAUGGUAACCCAGCACUUGCACCUGUAAGUGAAACUAGUUUUGGAGUAGAAGCAAUUGAUUCCAGUACUGACUCAGAUUCCUAUGGUACUCCAGCUUCUCCUGCUGUCAGCUCAUUUGAAAGUGCUUCAGGAGUUAUUGAGUCUAACUCUGCAUCAGAUUCAUAUGGUACCUUAGCACUAACACCUGUAAGUGAUAACACGUUGGGAACUUCUGAUAGCAACUCUGACUCUUAUGGAACACCUCAAUCUUCACCCGUGAGCACUAAAGUUGACUCAAAUGGCACUCCUUCCUCUUCUCCUGCAGAAUCAGUUCAGAGUAAUUCAGAAUCUUAUGGUUCACCUGCUUCCAAUCCAAUCAGCUCAUCAGUAUCUCAAGCUGAAAUUUUAGAGGAGGCAGAGGACUCUUACAGUUCUUCUGUGGCUUUGAAAGAUGAUUUAAAAUCUGGUGGUAACAAUGAUGAAUACGGAUUACCAAUAAUUGACAAUUCAGUAUCAGUGGAUUUAAGAGAUGACCUUGUGCGUGAAUCAGUUCCUGAUCUUAACCGUGAGGCAUCAGAUUCUUAUGGAAUAAAUGAAGCAUCAGAGGAUGAUUUCCUCCCAGCAGUAUAUCAACCUCAGGCCAACAUUCCAGUAAAUGACUACUACAGCUCAUCUGAACCAGAUUUAGACGAUCUGCCUACUCUGUAUAGAUCACAGGCUGUGUCAGAUAUCUCAGCAGAAUCAUAUGGAAGCCCACAGGCAGAAGUUGGCAGUCUGAUUGAUCUUAGAACUACCAAUGAGGAGGCAUCGGAGCUCUAUGGAAUUCCUUUGGACGAUGCAGACUCCAUAGAGGCUCUGUACGGCGCACCAUCUUCAGAAUCUCAGUCUACAAUAUUCAUUGAUAUAGCUAGUCCUGUAGAUACAUAUGGAGGAGGUGAGAUUGAAAAUGACGUUGGACCAGAUCUAACCAGUUUAGAUAUUUCAAGCUUAUACAAUUCUCCUGUAGGGUCUGACGAGCAGGCCUCUUAUAAUUCUGUCAACCAGUUUAUUCGACGCAAAAGAAAAUUGUUUCCUGUAACAGAAGAUCUUGAUCUACAGGCAGUGCCUUCUUUCAGCUUACCGAUGUACACCGAAGCACCGGGAGUUGAUGCAACUUUUGCGGAUUACGGUUCCUCAGAUGAAUAAGUGAAACCCUGAAUCUCUCCUGCAGCUGAAGUAUAAAACUACAAUAUAUAUUUAUAAUAUUUAUACUAUUUAUUUUAUUUAUGCUAUUUAUGUAAUUUAUUAAUGUUAUUCUAUAAAGCAGUGUAAUUUCUAAAAAAAAAGAUAGGUUCUGUUGUGAGUACAAGCAUACCUUAUGUUAUAAAGGCUGCCUACUUUUAAUAUCUAUAAAAUAUUUUGUUUCUUUCUAAAAUUGAGAUUCCCACUUUAAACGACGAAUACUAAAACAAAUCUAACUAUUCUUAUUUUCUAAAACUUGUAUACUGUAUCGUAUUCGUUAUAUUUUAUUAUCAACUUAAAGGGACUGUAAACGUAAAGGCAGUUUCCAGGCACUAAAUUUCCAGCAAGAAAAAUAAGAAUAUCUACAAUUAAUCCUUGAUUCGACAACAGUUUAAGGGUUCUUUCCUAAAUUGGACACGCUACUCUAUUAAUAGAGAGUCAUUUAAAAUUACGUAUCAGUCCCUUUAAAGGUGUUCUUGUGAAAUCUCUGUUUUCAGUAAUUUAAUUAUUAUCAGAUUUUGCCCACUUUUUCAAGUGCCAUUGUUUAUCCAUCCAAUUAUUGAGCUUUAAAAUGUAUGGGGAUAAAAUUUAAAAGUUUUAAAAUUCUCGUCAAGGGUAAAAAAAAGUUUUUUAUUACUGACCGUAACUUUUUUAAAUAUUACCUCUAAUUCUAUGAUUUUAUUGUAUAACACAUUUAAAUUUGUUCUUUUAAAGCUUUAAAAUUCAGCGUUUUCUGUUAAAAGAUGUAUGUGCAUUUUACACCCUGGCUUUUUAUUUUUUAUUAUAAUACUUUUCUUAAAACAAAAUUCGUUUAAUAUUUAUCCUCCGGCAAUUUAAAGAUAACCGAGGGUUUAAUUUGAUAAACAGUCUCGCAUGCCGUGCAGUUUAUCUUAUUAGACGGCCCAGCAUUCAUCUCAGACUUCCUUAAACGGAAGAGGAUGAAAUCAAUCAAUUCAGUAAAUUCAGUUAGAAGGAUGUUCAUGUUUAUUUACUACACUAGUCGAGCUGUUUCUUGUUACCUAAGCCUUAAUUAUUAAAACAGUUUUUUUGUUAAUUUUAUAGUUUACACUAAAUAAAUGUUAUUUUCCUUGUUGUAAAA